AUGUAUAGCAUGGCUCCAAAACAUUCCAAACAGAACGUUAAAUCGUUUUAUGAGCCAAGAACACCCUAUGUUGAUCAAUCACGACAACACAUGGCACAGAAUCACCUUCUCGUCUGGACAGAUGCCAACAUCAACCAAACCAACAAGCACUUCCAAAACGUAUUGGCUCACUUGAACAACGUAGCCAGUAAUAUCAACCUAUGCACUCAAUCGGAUCAAUGUAUCCAGUUGCUCAAUCAGGUUCGCCAUGAACGAGUCUUUGUCAUAACAUCAGGAUCCUUAGGUCAACAUUUAGUUCCUGAAAUUCAUAACCUGUCACAAGUAGAUGCAAUUUACAUCUUCUGUAGUAACAAAGUCAGACAUCAAGAAUGGGCUCGAAACUGGACAAAAAUCAAAGGUGUCUAUACAAAUUUCAUAGAAAUCUGUCAAUUAUUGCAAUUGGUUGUUAAGCAAUGCGAUCAACAGUCAAUUCCUGUAAGCUUUGUCACGGCAAAUGAAAUGACUUCAACUGAUUAUAUAAAUCAGUUGGAGCCAAAUUUUAUGUAUACUCAGAUAUUCAAGGAAAUUCUUCUUGCUGUCAAUUAUGAUCCCAAGGAAAUCAAGAACUUAGCAGCUUAUUGCCGUGAACUUUAUGUGGAAAAUGAAGGUCAGUUACAAGUGAUUAAUGAAUUCGAAUGUGACUAUCGUCCACAACGAGCAAUAUGGUGGUAUACACGUGCGUAUUUUAUCUAUCAAAUGCUCAAUCAAGCACUUCGAACGUUGGACGCUGAUACAAUAACUAAAGUACGUUUCUUUCUACGUGAUUUGCAUCAACAAAUUGAACAGUUGCACGAACAACAGAUCAGUAUUUAUGGUAAAGAACCUUUUGUUGUUUAUCGAGGACAUGGUCUUACGAAAUCUGAUUUCGAAAAACUCCAGAAAACAAAAGGUGGACUAAUGUCUUUUGAUAAUUUCUUGUCCAGCAGUAAAAAUGAACAGGUAUCCCUCAGUUUUGCUCAAGAUGCUUCAACGAAAUCAAAUAUGGUGGGCAUUCUCUUUACGAUAUCCGUUGAUCCUUCUAUCAAAUCAGUACCAUUUACUUUCAUCAAAGAGGUGAGCUAUUUUAAGCAAGAAGAUGAGAUUCUCUUUACAAUACACACCGUCUUUCGAGUGGAUGCGAUUAAACAAAUGGACAAUAAGAAUCAACUUUAUCAAGUUGAACUACAAUUAAUAUCGGAUGAUGAUCAACAAUUACAAUUACUUACUAAUCGAAUACAUGAAGAAACGGAUGGUACUGGAUGGCAGAGAUUAGGUAAAUUAUUGAUUAAAACAGGUCAAUUUGAUAAGGCUAAAGAAUUUUAUAAUGUAUUACUCGAACAGACAUCGGAUGAAGGUGAAAAAGCGUUUUAUUAUAGUCAACUUGGAAAUCUUCACUACAAUCAAGGUAAUUAUGAAAAGGCUAUUUGGUAUUUCGAACAAGGACUUGGAAUUUGCGAAAUAAUUGUUCCUUCAAACCAUCCUUUGUUAGCUACUUUAUACAACAACAUCGGUAGUGCGUAUAACAAGAUGGAAGAAUACGCAAAAGCACUUUCAUGUCAUGAAAAAGCACUUGAACUUCGCCAAAAAAUUCUUCCUUUAAACCAUCCUGAUUUGGUUGGAUCAUACGACAGCCUUGGUUUAGUAUAUGACAACAUGGAAGAAUAUUCCAAAGCACUUUCAUUUUACGAAAAAGCGCUUGAAAUGCGAGAAAAAAAUCUUCCUUCAAAUCAUCCAGACUUGACUACUUCAUACAAGAACAUCAGCGGUAUCUAUUACAAUUUGAAAGAUUUUUCGAACGCAAUCUUAUAUUAUGAACGUGGUGUGAACAUCGAACUACAUUCAUUACUUCCAACUGAUCCCAGCAUUAGAGAUGUGAAAGAAAAUCUUUCAUAA